AUGGCUCCCCUUUCUUCCUCCAAGCAUGCUUUGCGCUGCGGAAAGCCUGCGCAUUCCCAGCUGACUUCGGGAUCAUCGAUGAAGCGGUUCGCCUUUGUGUUCCUCGCUGUGAUACUGGCAGCUGCACCCGUCAUGCAGAAAGUGUCGGGUGCGGAACUCCCAGCCCCAGGCAUGCUGGCGGCGCAGACCCUGCGCUCCGCUGGGAUUCGGAGGCUGCUGGAUGACACCGUUGUGAGCGACUACACGGCGUGGUGCACGCCCACUCGUGACAGCACACUAGAUCAAUACUCCGACUCAGCAGAGCCCGCCUACGCCGGCUUACCCUUCGACAUAGGCGAACUGAUAGUAGGAAUUGACCUCUGCAAUUCUGGGGUUUACAACGUCAAUGGCCAGGAUGUCAAACUGCCUGCCACAAUCACAGGUUCCGUCACCGAAACCGCUUUGUCCGAUGGAAGACGCAUAACGGUCGCCCUGCAGAUUUCCGGUGUCGACACUCUCACUGGAACGUACCCAACUGAAGCCCUCACAGACCCCAGUACCGCGGGUUACCUCCUCUUGGGCAUUCUUUACUUCAGUUCGUCUCGUCCCCUGCAGACGUCAGGGCUCUCUAAGGAGGAGUUCUUCAAGACGCUGGCCCUGGUUCAGAGCCUCACAUACGCUCUCGUGUUUGAGCUCCAUGACAACAGCAAGCCAGGCGACCCAAUCACGACCGGUUACUUCGACAUCUUCGACCUUUCAACUCCCAAGCUCACAUUCGUUUCCGAAGCCUUCGCCAACCUAGUUAUCAAAGGCCCCCUGCGGCCCUCCCCGCUCUACCCCAACGUCCCCCUAGCAAACCCGGCCGUUUUCACCAUCAACUACCUCGCUCUUGGAAACGGGUCGGUCUUCGGUGACGUUAACCUCAACAUCCUACCCCCUGACGACGGGUCAGUCCUCGAAACCCUGAAAAAGGAGUUUGCACAGUAUUCCCCCGAGUACCUUUCCCUGGGGGUUGAGCCUAACGUCACGGCGAAUCCUACCCCCACCCCCACGGGAAGUGCUUCCCCUGCCACGUCGACGACCCCGGUCCCGACCGCUACCCCGGUACCGACCGGGACGUCCGCGCCCGGGGGGAUCCCCCCGGUCAACGGCGUGUGCGACCCGUAUGGAAGCGCUCCCAACCAAUGCUUCUCCGCGUCGGGCGGGGCGUCGAUCUGCUGCCCCGGGCAGUGCCCCUCUCCGGGCGUAAAUCCGUCCUGCACCAGUUCCGCCACCGCUGCUCCGACGACCGGAACUCCUUCCCCGACCGGAACUCCUUCCCCAACCGCCUCUACCGGGCCCACUCCCACGCCCACCGCCUCCGCUUCUGGCGCCCCGAGCACUGUUUGUGACGCGUUUUCCGCCCGCCCCAACCAGUGCUUCAACGCGAACGGAAGCAGGUUCAUCUGCUGCGCGGGCGCGUGCGGCGUCUCGACAACCGCGGAGCCUGUUUGCGCGACCUAG